AUGACAGAUAAUAACCCUUUCGCCGCUGCUGAGAGAAGGCAGGCUACGGUCCAGAGUGAAAAGGCAUUCAUCUCAGAAGCCAUUUCCAAGCUGCAUGCCAUUGCGCUUCGGGUGCCCCGCUUGGCAGGCAACAAAGGCGAAUGUGAUGAAAAAAGGGAGCUCAAGGCUUUGCUAAGGCAGCUCUACACCGUCAUAUGCAGACUUUCAGAUUACCGGCGGGGCAAACCCUACGCCCCAUUCCCGGAGGAAGACGACAGUGAGGAUGAAAAAGCUGAGGAGAACAACAACGGAGAGGAGGAUAAAAUUGACGAAGAAGAGGUUAAUGGGAAUGAUGACACAGAUGAUGACAGUGACUACGACGACGAUGAUGAAGAAGAAGACUAUGGCGAUGACGGCGGCUUCAGUUCUGGCUUCAAGAACAUCCCGGGCGGCUUUGAGCUGGACCAGAUACUGCUCGGGGGCUGGCACGCCGCCCUGGAGCCAGUCGACGCACUGGCAAAGCUUGAUCCCGAUGGCCCUUUCCUCGCUGCCAGGAUGAUCCUCUUCACCCAGCAUGCCAUUUCUAAAAAUAAGGCUCUUCCAAAGCGCCUUGCAGAUGGCCAAGAACGGUUCCAGGUCCAGGCUGACCUAGGCCAGGAUCUUGAUGAGACACUUCUCGUUCAGUUACGCAGAGCAUGGGAGCAGAGCGGACAAACGGAUUAUCUCUCCUGGGCUUCGACCUUCUUCGAAGUUGAUAACUCCGAUAGCGUCUCCAACGAUUACAAUCGUGUUAUCAUGUCAGCGUGCUCUUCAUCAGAGUUCUGGGCAGUUCAAAACCAGGCAGAAAAGUACAUAAUUAAAAACAGGAAGCGGCGGCGGGAGUCGAUGUGGGAUGGUCCAUUCAGAGGCCCAUCCACCAGGCAGGGUCCAAUCGCCGUACCGCUCUUUAACACCCUGAUUGAAGAGCAUGGCUAUGGAUCAUUUAGCGGGAUGGGAUACAGGGGCCCUUGCUUGCGACGUUCUCAUUAUUUUGUUCAAGACAUACAACAGAAACUCAAUUCGGCCAUGCCAGAGGAGACAGCCGUUCUCAAGCAUAUCAACCCAUUGGGAAGCGCGGAUAUCCAUCCUUAUCUUUCCAGGCUGGAUAUUGGAGCUGCCUACAUUCCGAUCCCAAAGCGGGAAGUUGACGAUAAAGAGUGCGAAAAGUGCCAGAAUGCCGUUCUCGGUCAUGACAUCUCGCCCCAAGCCACAUGCCUCAACCGAAACAUAUAUAUUUGGAAUGUGGCCUUGCGGGCCUUCCACACAUUUCACAGGGGACAAGAUGGCCGCGUUUCCAUGUGCAAGCACAAGGGCAUCUGCCAAGGCCACCACUCAAACGAAGAAUGGCGGGUCACAACGAAAGAGGAUGUUCGGAAGUAUGCCUUCGAUAUCUUUGAGAGCCGGUGCCAUAUUUCAUCACUUCCAGCCUCAGCCCAGGACUGGUUCAAGGCGAUGACGACGAUCAACCCGCAUCCCGGCCACCAGUCAAGAGACUCCAAACCAGAACACUCCAUUAGGAUGAGAUUUCCCCGCCUAGGAUUAGGGAGGGUAGAGGCUGAUAUUAGAUAUCGCAGAGAGGGUGGACUCUGCGGCUUGGUAUUCUCAAUGAUCCACCCAGAAGUGCAUAGACAACAUCCAGAGAGGGCAAAUCUGGCCGUCUUUGACACCAACAAGCCUGGACAAUGGGUGUAUGGGCGCUCUAUGCAUGAGGAGAAAGAGGUGGCUAAGGCUCUAUUCAAAGAUGUCAGAUCACAAGAGGAAUGGGAGGCAGAGGUGCAAAGCAGCGAUGAUUCGCUUUCGGAAUCAGAUUAA